AUGAGCCUGCAUCUCCCUUUGAGGCCGGUGACCUCCAACACGAGUAACAACGUUGGCUCGCCGACUCCGAGCAGAAGGAACCAGGAAAGCCGGAAUUAUUUCCAAAGCUACACGCCGCCAAGCUCGACGGAAGCAAUCAAUGGGCCGGUCAGAGAACCAACACGGGAGUUACCGCCGGUAAGCGACCGGCUCAUUGUUGGUGUCGAUUUCGGGACCACGUUCUCAGGCGUCGCUGCCGUGUACACGUCGACACCCGACGAUGUUGAGAUUAUCAAGACUUGGCCUGGUGGCAAUGGGAUCACCUCGGACAAGGUGCCGACCGAGAUUGCCUACAGCUACCCACCAGAUGCACUGGAAGAUGCGGACCCCACGGUGAAAUGGGGGUUUCAGUUCAAGCCAGAGGAGUCACGCCUGCGCUGCAUCAAGCUCUUCCUGGACCGCUCACAGAAGCUGCCGUUCUACGUGAGCCCGCAGGAUACGGCCUCUCAGCUCAAGCGCUUCAACAAGAACGUCGUCGAUGCGGUCAGUGACUACCUGACCCAAAUCUACAAGCACACCAUGGACACAUUGACUCGACGAUACGGAGAGUCAUUCAUGGCAUCGACGCGCGUCGAGUUUGUCUUGACCUGCCCAGCUGUCUGGAGCGACGCUGCGAAGAAUACUACACUGCAGGCGGCAGAAAGGGCGGGGAUGGGUAGCCGGUCUGAUCUCCAGAUGAUCAGCGAGCCCGAAGCCGCAGCAGUGUAUACCUUGAAAGCGAUACAGCCGAACCACUUGAACGUCGGGGACAACUUUAUCGUCUGCGAUGCAGGUGGCGGAACCGUCGACCUGAUCGCCUACAAGAUCAUUUCACUAAAACCUCUGAGGGUGGAGGAGUCCGCCGUCGGUACUGGCGGACUAUGUGGUAGCGCAUUUCUCAAUUACAGAUUUGAAGAGCACGUCCGACACCGCCUUGGGAAGACUAGAUUCGACGACAUGAAGAAAAAGAAGGGAAAGACAUGGCAGAUGGGCCUGCGAUAUUUCGAGGAGUUUGUGAAACGUAAUUUCAACGAGGAUGAGCAUCAGGAGGUCAACAUUCCAUUUCCUGGUCUGGCCGAUGAUGAAGAGGCGGGUCUCGACUCUGGGUUCCUGGUGAUGACUGCGCCGCAGAUCAAAGACAUAUUCGAACCGGUGGUGAAAGAGGUCACGGAUCUGGUUCAAGGUCAAGUCGAGGGCCUGCGCGCCAAGGGCGGCAUUGUCUCCGGUAUCGUCCUCGUGGGUGGUUUUGGGCAGAGCGACUACUUGUACCGACGACUGAAGAGCCACUUCAACAGCGCGGCGCCGCCGCCGUACAGUGAGCGACCGACGCACGCCAACGUCAACUCCUUGCAGGAGGCCUCGUCGAUAGAGGUCAUGCAGCCAGUCUACGCAUGGACGGCCGUGGUACGGGGUGCGGUCCUGCGGGGGCUAGAGGGCAACAUGGUCAUUUCGAGAAAGUCAAGGAUGCAUUAUGGGACGUCCUAUGCGACAGUAUAUGACGAGGACCGGCAUUCCGUGACAGACAGAUAUUGGUCGCCGCUCUGGGAGCGGUGGAUGGUAUCGGAUCGGAUGCAGUGGCACAUUGCCAAGGGGGAAUCAUUAUCGCCUCUCGCGCCCAUUGCAUUCCACUACACACGCAACUUCAGACCUGGGCAGUCCCUCAUUGUGACGGACGAUCUGAUUGCCUGCGAUGCUGAGGAGCCACCGGCGGCGUACACGCGCGACCUGAUCCACGUCUGCACACUGACGACAGAUCUCAACGCCGUGCCGAGGAGUCUAUUCACCCGCCUGACUACGACCAGAGGCGUGGAAUUUGACAACCUGGACUUUACGCUGGAGAUGAUUGUCGACAGCGCCGGGCUGGGUUUCGAGCUCAAGGUGGACGGCGUGAGUUGGUGCCUCCCGCCGUUCUGGCCCACUGACGAUGCUGAACUGUUGGAGGGCACGAAUGUCGAGAUUGGGUUGGAGAAGAUCAGGGCAGAUGUUCGCAAAGAACACACAGCCGCAGCUGAUCUCCUCAAGCAGCAUGGCGACGAAAAAGACAGGGAGAUCAGUAUGAAGCUCUACCAGUGGGCAUACUGCAUUUUCUCAAGCAGGAGUUUCAAGCCAAGCCUCGUGCUAGCAGAGGAAGAGCAGACGCGACUCCCAGACGGCAUCGGUAUCAACGACUUCUCGGUCUUAUUACCGUUGUUUGACAUUGGCAACCACGACAUGACGCUAGACGUGCGGUGGGAACUACAACAGAAGCCUUACAACACGUGCGAGCUCAGGGUUGGGCGCAGCUUCCAGCCAGGCCAGCAGGUCUUCAACAACUACAGCAUGAAGACGAACGCUGAGCUCCUGCUCGGAUAUGGCUUCAUGAUCCCGCCCACCGAGGAGCUGCAUAACGAUUACACGCACGUUCGAAAGCGAACGAGCUCACAGAGUGCUUCAGAGGAGUACUACAUCUCAAGGCGCCCAAUGGCCCAUCCCAGCUCACUUCUUGGUCGAUACCGACAAGAACUGACUGUGGAGCUACCAGACGAAAAGGCCAUCAUUGGCACAUUUCAGCAUGUACAGCCAGAUAUGGUGUGGGACAUUUUCUGCACCCUUUGCCAGCCAGAGGAAAGGUCUCAAAUCAUGCCGAGCGACGCACCAACCCUAGAAGAACAAGAAAUGGCGAGGCGGAGACAAUUCUUCAGCGGCGAUAUCGAACAGGGCUCCCAGGCGCAUGCCUACUUGGAGCACACCAUGGGUAUCAUCCAGCACAAGGUGAUGCAAGAGCUGGAGAGAUUGGAAGAGACGGAAGUAGAGCUUGUGGACGGGAACCAUGAACCGUACUAUGGCCUCUUUCUCUCGCCAUCAUACAAGCUUCCUCACGGGUACAUCCAUCCCGAGACUCUUAACAAGCUCACUCUGCCGCCUGCGUUCACCAUCUCCGACGAGAACCGCACCGUAACCCUCGACGACCCCCUCGCUGGGGUCUCACCCACCCAGCACAUCAACGCCGCCCUACAACAAGUCGUCGACUCUGCCAUCGACUCUGACACAUUCCCCAUCCUCAACAAAACCCACAGCGAGCCCUUUCGCAUCCUCGGUGCCAAAGGCGAAGAUGAUAUUGUGCAGCUCGAGCGUUUCGCAGCGCCCCUAUUCGGCAUCGCCACCAGAGGCGCCCACAUGACUUGUUACACGCGCCUCCCGGGCGGCGGUUUCAAGGCCUGGGUCGCCAAGCGCAGCAAGCACCUCUACGCCCACCCAGGAAAGCUCGACAGUACAGUCGCCGGUGGCGUCAAGGCCUCCGACUCCCCGACGAGCUGCAUCCUCGCAGAGGCCAUGGAGGAGGCAUCCCUCCCCUCGUCACUGGUCCACCGGUCGGCCCGGGCGACGGGGGUGCUCACGCUCGCCAACAGGAAUCCCAAGAGUGGUCUGUUUCACAGCGAGAUCCUGUACGUGUACGACAUGGAACUGUCGGCGGACGUGGUCCCGAGACCGGGUGAUGACGAGGUGGAGGGGUUUGUGCUCAUGGAUGUGGAGGAGAUGAAGCAGCGCAUGUUUGAUGGAGAGUUCAAGCCGAACGUGUGUCCUAUCAUGGUCGACUUUCUGAUCAGGCAUGGCCAUAUCACAGCGGACACGGAAGGGGAGGGCAUGUAUGUCGAGAUAUGUCAACGCCUGAGGAGGAAGCUGCCCGUGCCGAUACGCGCAGGGGCUUCAUGA